AAAUUUUGAUUAUCAGAAAACUGUAAGAUGUUGGCCUCGACAACCAAGGGACUGCUGCAACGUUUUAUCAAUCCGAGAAGCUGCCGCCGGGAGUUCAAGGUGGCUGUCGUGGGGGCCAGCGGUGGCAUUGGGCAGCCGCUUAGCCUGCUCCUGAAGCAGAAUCCUCUGGUGGGCGAGCUGUCCAUCCACGACAUGAAGAACAUCAAGGGCGUCCAGGCGGAUCUCUCGCACAUCUGCACCUCGGUCCAGACCAAUGCGUACGAGGACCAGGAGCUCGGGGACUGCCUGGCCGGUGCCGAUGUGGUGGUGGUGCCCGCCGGUAUGCCCCGCAAGCCGGGAAUGACCCGUGACCAGCUGUUCGAGGCCAAUGCAGGGGUGGCCCUACGCGUGGCCUGCGCCGUCAGCGAGUCCUGUCCCCAGGCCCUGCUGGCCUUUGUCACCAACCCAAUCAACUCGAUCGUGCCCAUUGCCGCGGAGCUGCUGAAGUCGAAGGAUGCGUACGACCCGCGGCGUUUGUUCGGCAUCACCACUCUAGAUGUGGUGCGGGCCAGUACCUUCGUCGGGGACUUUCUCAAUCUGAAUCCCAGAAAGGUGGAUCUGCCCGUGAUUGGUGGCCAUGCCGGGAAGACCAUACUUCCCGUCUUUUCCCAGUGCUGUCCGAGCUUCCAGUGCCAGCUCGAGGAUAUAAAACGCCUGACGCAUCGCAUCCAGGAGGCAGGAACCGAGGUGGUGAUUGCCAAGGCCGGGGCCGGCUCGGCCACUCUGUCCAUGGCCUAUGCGGCAGCCCGCUUUGUCAACUCCCUGCUGCGUGGCCUCAACGAAGAGCCGGACGUGAUGGAGUGCGCCUUUGUCGGCUACAAGUCCCCAUGCCUGCCCUUCUUCGCCACCCCCCUGGUGCUGAGUGACAAGGGGAUCGAGAAGAACCUGGGGCUGCCGCAUCUGGACGAUUUCGAGCGGGAGUCCCUGGAGCAAAUGCUGCCCGAGCUGGAGAAGAGCAUACAGAAGGGCAUCGCCUAUGCCAAAGAGAAUAUCCCGGCAAAGGACGAGCAGGAACAGUGCCAGAAGAAGUGCCAAAAGUAGCCUCCCUACUCCUGAAAAGCUACCGAACAUUCCAUGGCAUUCAUUACACUCCACCGUCGAACGAUCGAUCGCCAUUAUAUUCAGAUUCAGAAUCACAUUCAUAUUCAUGUUGCGUAGACACAGUCAAUUAGUGAAACAUCAUGCUGCUGAUAAUGGACUUUUCAUGGGCGCUAAACUGAUUACAACCGAUUGAUAGGCCUGAUCCCUGAUGCGCCACUAUAUGAUGCAAUGCCUUCCCAUAGAGAAUUCCCUUCCGGCAAUAAUGCGGAAUCUCCGGCGACACUAUAACACACGCAUUCCCCGGAUGACGGAUGAUCUCACUCUGCCCUCUCCGUCUCCCUCUCUCUCUCUCUCUCUCUCUCUGGUCAGACCCGUCUUGUUUAUUUAAUUCAUUCAAAUUGAUACGCAAAACUAAUUAAUGUCGAAACAAUGUCUGUAAUUGCAUAUCAGAUUCUAGGAAACAGUAUUGUUAACCCCCUUUUUAUAAACGCAAUAAUGUAAUGAAAA